AUGGAAAGAGACAGCCUCCAGAAUGACCCGCGGGCAUUUGACAUUGGGAAGAAAGGAUUUCUGAGUUACGAGGAGUACAAGGGAUACUGCCUGAGUAUACUCAAACAACCUCUGGGAAGGAAAAAAACGGGAGACAGAAUUGAAUACAAUGACAUAAGGUUUGAAUCAUGCGGAGCAGAGAUCGAUGGGGUAUUCGACUUUUUUUCCUCUGGAGAAGACUAUAUUUCCUUCCAAACACUUAAGAAAGCAAUAUCAAAGCUUGAAAUGAGCAUCUCAAAUGAAGACAUAGCAAUGAUGCUGGAUAUGCUCGAUUCUAACAAACAGGUAUCCAGAGAAUUGUUCUCAAGAUUAUUCGGGUAA